UUUUAAAACUAUAAAUACCUCUCCAAUUAACUUCUAGGGCAUUACACAUACACAAAAAACAAAUAUCAAUUCAUCAAAGUUUCUGAUUUUUUUUUCUAAGUAAUUUUCUUGAGCAAUGGAAGGAUUAAUGGUCGUUUUCGACUUCGAUAAAACGAUUAUCGACUGUGAUAGUGAUGAAUGGGUCGUUAAUGAGUUCGGUUUUACAUCACUUUUCAAUAAACUACUACUCGUAAAUACGCCUUGGAAUACUAUAAUGGAUACAUUGAUGAACGAAAUGCAUAAACAAGGAGUUACAAUUGAUGAUAUUGUACAAGUCUUGAAACGAGUUCCGAUUCAUCCUCGUGUCGUUCCCGCAAUCAAAUCUGCCCAUGCUGCUGGGUGUGAUUUGAGGAUUGUAAGUGACGCUAAUACUUUCUUCAUUGAGACCGUACUUGAUCAUCUAGGAGCAAAGGAUUGUUUCUCAGAGAUUAACACGAAUCCGAGUUAUGUUGAUCAAGAAGGAAGAUUAAGGAUAUUACCGCUACAUGAUUUUACUAAAUCUCCUCAUGGAUGUAACAACCCUUGCCCUUCAAACAUGUGCAAGGGUUUAGUGAUCAAAAGGUUACUAAGUGAGCAAGAAUCCAAGAAAUUUAUCUACUUAGGAGAUGGUCUCGGAGAUUAUUGUCCUUCUUUGAUGCUAAGAGAAAGUGACCAUGUUAUGCCAAGGAAGAACUUUCCUGUUUAUGACUUGAUCUCAAGAAACUCAAACCUUAUCAAGGCCAAGAUCCAUGAAUGGGAAGACGGCCGUGAUCUCGAACGCGUCCUAUUGUCUAUCAUCCAAGGUAUCAUCUCUAAUGGAGAUGAUAGUAAUGUUGCUCAAUUGUUAAACCAUGAGAUUUUGCAUGUUACUAGUUCACAUCAAGCCUUGCCUCAGGCUCGACGUAUUCCUGUUUAGAAAUUGGGAAGAAUAGCUAUUUUAAUUUGUAAUUUUUGUUUGAUUGAAUUGAUCUUAUAUUAGGUUUAUGUUGCUCAAUUCAAGAAUAAUUGUAUUAGUGAUUGAAGAUGUCUUUUGAUAAUGUAUACAUACAUAGGACAUGUUCUUGUCUUAUUAUAUUACAAGUCUAGUUCAAAAUAGUUAUACAUGUUGAACAGUU